AAAUUGGUUUUGUGAAUGACUUAUUUCAGAAUUUUAACAAAUUCUUGACAUAAUUUUUUUUUAUCCCUAUCAAAGUUGUUCUUUGAAUCAAACGGUUCUUAAAAAUUAAUAGCAACUGUAUGGACAAUUGUUUAGUACUCUUAGAAUCACCAUUCACAAAUGACUGGAGAGCUAGGUCUUCAAUAUUGAGAAUCUGAUGGAGUCAGAAGACUGGACAGUGGAGGUAGCCCAAAAGGGCUCCUCCAAGAGGAUGGAGGCUAUAGAUAAGCAGCGGCAGUUAAAAGUGGAAAUGACGAAUCUUGUCAUCUCAGAAGAAGCCAGAACUAAACUCCUAGAAACUAUUAAAUUUAUCCAAGGGGAGGACUUCGAAGCUAAAAAGAUUUCGGAUUAUAAAGAUAGCAAGGUGAACCUUGCUAAUCAGUAUUGGGUAGACCGAGGUCACCUAGUAAUUCAGGGAGCAACGGACUACUCGAUGAUAAAAAAGAAGGCACUUUUACCUCACGAAAGGCUCAAUGUAUUCGCUUUGAACCGCCUGCAAAAUUAUGGAUUCCACAAGAACCAUUGUGCGGAAGCCCUUCAAGUUACCAAAGGUGAUUUCGGAAAGGCCUUUGAGUUCUUAAUGUCACACUAUAUGGGAGUCAAUCUCCCCGUGGAAGACACCGAUGUGCCUGAAGAUGUAUUGCAAGAACGGAAUGAAGAAUUGGAGUCGGUGAAAGAAAUAUUCGGACAAAUGUUAGAAGAACGGAUUUCCAACCAGCUGUGGAUAGUGCAUUUGGACCUGCCGUACAUUUUAGAAAAUUACAAUAAUAGGACAAAAAGUGAGCUCGAGGCGACGAUCAAAAUACAUAAACCUAGUAAAGCCCCUUCUAACAAAAAAGGAAUGUGUCGAAACUUUGUAAAAGGUCAUUGUAGUUAUGGGAGUAACUGUCGGUUUUCUCAUGAACCACCCGUAAACAAAGUGGUUGUUAAAUGUGCAGCUGAAGAUGCCCGUAAAGAAACUGCGACAAAGUUUGACUUGGAAAUCAGAUUCCCAAAAGGGUGCUGCUAUCCUCGAGACCCCCCUCUGGUAGCGUUCACACCUCAAAGUGAUAACAUGCCGUCCACCCCGAGACUGAAGCUCACUUACUACCUACAAACCUUCUGCAAGGAACAAGCCGAGAGCCAGUUCCCCUGUGUGUACUCGCUCAUUGACAAGUUUGAGCUGCAUAACAAAGAUGAAAUUCUAGACGUAAUAAAUGCAAGAGGCCCGGCCCCCUGUAUCUUGGAUCCUGCUGUGCCGUUGUGUCCUGAGGUUGUGUCAAGUUGCUUAGAGGAGAUUGAAUCUGAUGAAGAGCUGGAGGUAUAUCGGCCAGCGACUCUCAGCAAGGACAAAAUCAAAGAGAAACUGGAACAAGAUGACAGUGAACUGGCAAAGCGUUUCGAGCAAAAAGAGGUAAGUCCAAGGUACAAGACGAUGCUUCAACAAAGAAGAAAACUACCAGCGUUUAGUAAAAUGGAGGCAAUCCUUUCAUCCUUAUCCAAGAGUCAAGUAGUGGUAGUUAGUGGAGCUACAGGAUGUGGCAAGUCUACGCAGGUUCCGCAGUACAUACUGGACGACUGGCUGCGUAGGAGAGCCCGCGGUGACACUAGCCACGUAGAAGUGAUCUGCACACAGCCUCGGAGACUGUCUGCGAUAGGAGUGGCUGAGAGAGUGGCCUAUGAGAGAUUGGAGAGUGUCGGCGCGAGCAUCGGAUAUUCGAUAAGACUGGAAAGUAAAGUAUCGAAGAAGACCAGGCUCACAUUCUGCACGACAGGAAUCCUUCUGAGGAGGCUUGAGGCUGACCCUCAGUUGACCUCCGUCUCUCACAUUAUUGUAGACGAGGUUCACGAGCGCAGUGAGGAAAGUGAUUUUCUGCUGCUAAUCUUGAAGAAGCUUCUCCCACAAAGACCAGACAUCCGGGUGAUACUCAUGUCUGCGACUUUGAAUGCAGAAUUGUUCUGCAAGUACUUCAACGAUGUUCCUGUCGUUGAUAUUCCAGGUCGUACAUUCCCAGUAGAACAGCUGUUCCUGGAAGACAUUGUGGAGGCAACCGGGUACGUGAUAGAAGAGUCUUCCAAGUACUGUAGGAAGCUCAACAAGACGAGUAUGAACCAGUUGGAGACACUAGAGACAGAGCUAGAGUUGGCUGACGUCAUGUCUGGACGAGUUAUCAGCAAUGCCAAAACAGCUGAUCAUGACUUAACUGUCAAACAGCUGUGUCAUAGGUACAAGGAUUACAGCAGACAUACUUGGAAAAGUAUUUACCUGAUGGACCAUGAGAGAAUAAACUACGAGCUGAUAGAGACAGUAUUGUUGUACCUGGUUGAUGGAGAUCACCAGUUUCCUAAGGAGGGGUCGAUUCUUGUUUUUCUCCCAGGUAUGCAGGAAAUCCGGGAAAUGCACGACAUGCUCUCCAACAACCAGACCUUUAAUCCAAGAAAUAAUAGAUUCAAGCUUGUACCACUUCACUCAAGCUUGUCAAGUGAAGAGCAAGCUCAGGUUUUUGAGAAACCUAAGAAUGGUGUAAGGAAGAUUGUUUUAUCGACAAAUAUUGCUGAAACAUCAGUUACCAUUGAUGACUGUGUGUUUGUGAUUGAUAGUGGAAAAAUGAAAGAGACAAGGUUUGAUAGCAACAAGAACAUGGCAUCUCUAGAGACAGUUUGGGUGUCGAGAGCAAACGCUUUACAGAGGAAAGGACGAGCGGGCAGAGUCAUGCCUGGUAUUUGUGUCCACCUGUACACCUUACACAGGUAUGACUAUCUCUUGGAUGCUCAGCCCAUACCAGAAAUCAAGCGAGUGCCUCUUGAACAGACAAUAUUGAGAAUAAAAAUGCUACCAUCAAUGUCUGGUGCUGGUCUUCAACAAGUGUUAGGAGAGGUGCUGGAGCCGCCGACAGAAGAGAGCAUCACUGGUGCUAUCACAAGACUGGUGCAUGUAGGAGCUCUGGACAGGGCUGAGAACCUGACUCCUCUCGGACAACAUCUGGCAGCGCUCCCUGUAGACGUGAGGAUCGGCAAACUGUUGCUUUACGGAGCCAUGUUUAGCUGUCUGGACUCGGUGCUCACAAUAGCAGCCAGCCUUUCUCAAAAAUCACCUUUCCAAUUUCACUUUGAUAAGAAAGAUGAGGUAAACAAGAAGAAGAAGGAAUUCAUGGUAGCAAACAGUGAUCACUUUACGAUACUGAGAGCAUACAAUGGCUGGCGUAAAGCAGCAGCUAGCGGCAAAAACGCCGGUUACACGUACGCUAACGAGAACUUUCUCUCUGUCCGCACUAUGCAGACUUUGAUCGGCAUAAAGUCACAGUUCCUGGAGUAUCUGGCUUCUAUAGGCUUUGUCCCGGAUAACUGCCGGGGCCAAAAUAGAAGGUGCAAUGAAGACAAGAUAUUAGAGCUCACAGGGGAGGAGCUUAACGCCAAUGGCGAAAAUUAUAAACUGUUAGCGGGCCUCCUCAGCGCGGCUCUGUACCCAAAUAUUGUUAAGGUGCUAAGCCCGGAAAAGUUUUACGCCCACAGCAUCUCAGGGGCUGUACCCAAGGAGCAAAAGCCUGAGGACCUCAAAUUCAAGACCAAAUGCGACGGAUAUGUUCAUCUUCAUCCAUCUUCUGUGAAUUACAAUCAAGGCCGUUUCUCCAGUCCAUAUCUUGUCUUCCAAGAAAAGGUAAAAACCUCCAAGAUCUUCAUCAGAGACUGUACAAUGGUCCCAGUACUUCCCUUGGUGAUGUUCAGCAGCAAUGAACUCACUGUUGAGUUGAGCAACAGCAUGUUCACAAUCUCUCUUGAGGACAGAUGGAUCAUGUUCACCAUCAACAACCAUGCAAUUGGCGAGUUGCUACAAACAAUGCAAAAGGAACUGUUGAAGUUGAUGGAUCAAAAAAUUAAGGAUCCCUCUCUGAAUCUGUUGACGGAUCCACGGGGCAAAAAGAUACUUUCCACAAUUACCUAUCUGGUUACACACGGUUGACAAUAGUGCUCUUAGGUAGACAAAUUUGUAUGUACAAAAAUUAUUUUUUUAUAUAUUUUGUACUGUGAUGUAAUACUGUAAUUUUGUCAAAGCAUAAGGCUAACAGUAGGCCUAAAUGUGAUAACGUUUUAUAUUGAUUAGUAUAAAUGCCUUGUUAUAUUGUUGUUUUAGGAUGUUACAAGAGCUGUUCGGAAAGUAAAGAAUGUUGUCCUAGAGUCACCUGACUAAGGUACAACAGAAGUCCAACCAAACAACACAAAACAACAAACAAAAACAGUGUGCUUUUAAACACGUAAGACAAGUUGAAAUAAGUUGGCAAUACUUAAAAACAUUAAGACUACGAUCAGCAACUCGUGCAUAAACAUUUCUCUGUAUUACAUUCCACAUUUUACAACUAGUGAGAUUUUUAAUUUCAGCACACUUUUUAAACUGUAAUAUUGCGCAGUGACCCUUCUUUUGUGAUGGCUGGACUGUCAGUGAAAAAAAGAACAGGUCUGUACUAGAAAUUGUACAGCUAAUGCAUCCAUCAGUAUCAGAAUAGUAGUUUACGCAACGAUUGCGUUAAGUGAGUCUUUACGACACGAGUAGAAAAUUUAAGGCACGAGCCUUGGCGAGUGCCUUAAAAACUUCUACGAGUGUCGUAAAGCGCGAGUUGCGUACACUACUUUACCUACGACCGUUUUUUAAUUGCUAUCAAUCUGGAUUUAAUUACUAACAAUCACUAAUGAUAACUUUUUAGAGAGGUUAUGUUUUCGUGUAUUGUCAUUGCCACUGAAAGUGAUGCAACGACUUGUUGUAUAAUCAGCUGAUUUCCUGUAAUUACGGGUUUGUUAAACUUCGUUAAAUAUUACAUUGCUAGCAGCAUUCUUACCAUAAAUAAUAUUGUAUCAGGUACAAUUCGGCAAAUAUUUCAUUUAUUUUUGGACUUCCACCAGCUUAAUUAAGAAUACGCGAGUAUCAACAUGAACAAGUCGGAUCAACAAUUAAAUUGAGUUGACGUUCGAAGCAUUACAAUUUUAAUUCUUUUCUCUCAAUACUUGAACCUCAUUGGUUCGUUACCUGUGUGGAUAUGAGAAAACUAUGCGGAUAUGAAAUGAAACUAUGCGGAUAUGAAAGUAAACAGCUGUAAAGUAAAACUUUUCAAUUCUAAGAACUGGACUGAAAUGGCUACUUUAAAAAACGGUCGUAGGUAAAAAAACAUUCCCUACUUUCUAAACAACUCUUGUACGUUUCGAUUUGUAGGAUAAUUAUUGACACAUAGGAAAGAAGACUUAUAUUACUACUGUAUUUAUUGUUACAACAGCUUUAAAGUUUAUCUAGGCAAUUUAUUUAAGUCAUGUCUGUCCUUAAUUUAUUUUCAUAAUUUAUCUGUGCUAUUUAUUUAUUGAAUACCAACUCUUGACACUGGUUCAUGUCUCUUAACUUAUAAAUAAACAAUAUCUUCAAUAGUUUUUGAGUUUGUCAAAGUAAUCCUGGAUUUUAACAUUUAGAUGGACUAAAUAAUUCCCUCGAAAGAAUUUAAUUUUAUCUGAAUUUUUUUUUAUUAUUUAAAUAAAAAAAAAAUUUAUAUUUCAGAACAAAUAUAAAUGAAAUUGAACAUUAGACAUUUUAUUUCCAAAUUAAAAAGAAACUUUUGUUCAUUUUGGGAAAUGUAUCCAGAGGUAUAAUACAGUAGUUGAUGGUUAAGGUUUUAUCAUGAUGAACAUAAAUUAAUAAACACAUAUGAAGCUAUCCACAAGGUCCAAAAGCCAUUUUUCCUAUCCAAGAGUAGGGAUAGUUGGUUCAAUAUACUGUAGAACAUUAGAUACACUAAACCCCUGCAUUCGUUAUCAUUGGUAAGAAACUUCACUAGUUUUAUAACUAACUAGCCUGCUGUAGAAUAUUGCAAGCUCUAACAUUUUAUUAGUUUAUCCUAACAAUGUAAAUUUGAUUGUCAAAAUUAUCAGAAUACCCAAGUAUCCUGGGGUAUUAAAAAUCUAAACUAAAAUUUGUCAUGUAAGUGUAAUUGGACCAAAGCAACAGUUUGUAUACUUGUUUUGGCAUAUAUUAUUAACUCAUAACCAAAGUUGUUUGCAAUUAUUGAACUUUGUUGUCACAAAUGCUCUGCUGUUAAAUGGAAGUGGCAUGCUUUAUAGUCAGUUUGAAUUUGUUUGCGUAAGCUUGAUAAAUUAUUUUAUUUUUUAUAUUAUUUCCGUAGUUUUUGAUAAAUUCCUUACUCCACAUUGCCUUUUUUUAUAUUGUAAUGGAAUUAACCGUAAUUUAUUAACAAACAUUAAACCAUAGCCUAUUAAAAAAUCAAUCUGCCUGUUCAAUAAAUUUAGAGAUGUGCAGAGGUUGGGACCGAACAAUAUAUUGCCAAUGUUUGUUAUUGGGACAAAAGUGAAUUCCAAGAGAUUACAGGAAUCUUAGAUAAUAUAACGACUAUUUUAUGAUUAAUUUACUCUGUUAACUAGUCAUUGAAAUUUAUUUUGUUCUAAUUAAUCUGUUAAAAUAGUAGGUAUAGGUAUGUCCUAUCCUAUCACAAAUUUAUGUCCCGCAGAACUCUAAAGAUUUUGAAAAAUGUUCAAUGCUUGUAAUGUCAUUUGUAUUGGCCAAAAAUUAUUUGAUUAAUUAAAAACCAAUUAUUAUUUUUGA